UGCCGUGUGCUGUGCUGCCAUCCGGUGGAAGAACUCUGACUCCACGUUUCAGCAGCCAGCCUCUUGUGACCUGGCAUUGUUGAUGAAGGAGAGCCUUCUGGAACUCACCAUCCAUCUCUACUUUGCCAGGUCGCAGGUCAUGAGCCCCCCCAAAAUGAUUUACGAGGGGGUAUUAAAGAUAGAAGUCUGAUCAUCUGGGAGUUCACGCCAUGAGAAUUCCACUUCUGCUCCCGCUCCGUACAUCAUCUUGCUUAUUCAACAUCUACUAGGUAACUAGUAUUCUUCAAAACCCGCCCGCUACUGACCGAACACUUCAUAGCGCAAGAUGCAUCGGCCACGGAUCCUCAACGGCCUUCUCAACCUCGCCUUCCUCGCUCUUGCCUUUCCCACCCUGGUACACGGCACGAAAACGCGACAAGACAUGUGCGGGCUCAGCAUGCAUGCGCGCGACUUCCCCGACCGAGGCAGCUUCUCAGCAGUGGAGGCUACCUUCACGGUCCCGCAGGUGGCUUACGACCCUGCCUACGACCCUGCAGUGACCGGGAGGCAGCAGGAUAAUGCCUCCUACUACCCCUACGUGAACAGCUGCGUCGCGCUCUGUUGCGGCGACGACUGCUCGACCCGUCUCAGCGCCGGCGUGCAGGCGUUUUCCACCUUGCCCGGGGUAAAUGAAGGGGGAAAACUGGUGUUCCAGAUUUCACCGGUGUUUGCCCCGGAGACGUUACCGGAAACGAAAGGAGAUGAGCGAUUUGUUUUCAACAGCUCAGAUACAGUUCGGGUCCGCUUGGAAAUCCUCGAGCCACAUCUGGCGCAUAUCACCUUCACAAAGUACCAACCAAGCGACAACACCAACCACACCGUCAGCAUUGAGAUCAGCAUCUUCCAAUCCCCAGCGGGCGAUCCCAUGGCGGGAAUCUCCACCGACGGGUUAGGCGACAAGGAUUUGAACUGGUCCUCCCACGGAGAAGAGGGAGCGCCGACACCGACCUUGUGCGGCGACUCGGCGUGGUGGUACGUGUCGGACAAGUUCGACCCGGGCGAGAAGGCAGCGCGGCCCGAGCGGCUUCCGCGCUUCUCGCCCGUCCUGAUCGCCAACCACGGGCUGGAGGCGACCAGCGAGCAUGGCACGACGGUUCACUGGCCCGCGAACCUAAUGUGGAGCAACGGCGCGCGGUUCUGGAAUAUGGUGCGUGACGAAGGGGGGAAGACGGAGGAGAUGUGCAGGGUCAGGGGGUUCAUCGAUAGUGGCAUGGCCAUGGUGCAGUCGUCCAACCCGUGGAUGGUGUAGGAUAUCACCGGAAUCAGAUAUGGGGGGGGAAAUAGGAUACUGGAAGACUAUCAGACUCACAAGUCCCUG